UCACUUCAACUCCUUCACCCAUUAUUCCUGAUAUAUGAUAGUUUAGUACUAAUAUAUUUCCAGGAUGUCCCAGACCAUCCCAAUCUAUGGAAACUAUCAUGGAUACUACUCGAAACGACCGUUUGUUCAUGACCCUCGGCUUGCUCUCCUCCCACCGACCCUAUUUCAGAACGCGCGAGUUCUGGAUGUGGGAUGCAAUGAAGGUUGGGUCACCUGUGAAAUAGCCCAAUCAUGGGGCGCCAAACGAGUUAUCGGUGUAGACAUUGAUGAGAGCCUUGUUCGCGCUGCUUGGAAGAGGAGAAGAACCGUCUGGAGUCAGCAGAGUCCUCCUACGGAUUUAAACAAUAUAGAUGGCUCUCCCCAAACAAGCAAGAAACGGAAACGAGAGAGCGAUGCAGGCGAACAUGACGUCCCGAGACCAAUCCAAGUGGAUUACUUCCCCGCCUCUUGCGAGCAUAUGUUCGGACCUCUACCUAUCCCUCCUACGUCUGAGAGUGACGCCGGGUUCCCUCAUAACGUGGUAUUCAAGGCGACAGAUUGGGUCUCAACGGAGAUUUCAGAAGAUGCGGAAGGCUACGAUGUCGUUGUCGCAUUCUCAGUUUCGAAAUGGAUUCAUUUAAAUGGAGGAGACGCAGGUCUUAUGCAAUUCUUCAGACGCGUCCACACUGUGGUGAAAGUGGGGGGUGCGUUUGCCCUAGAACCACAAGAAUGGGAUACGUAUGCCAAAGCGAAACGAAUGGAUCCAAAAUUGAAAGAGAAUGCCAGAGAUCUCAAGCUGCGUCCCGACGAUUUCGAGAAGAUACUUAUGGAUCUCGGAUUUGGUCCCGCUGAACAUCUGGGUAAAGCUGGCGAAGGUGGAUUCCGUCGCCCAGUAGAUCUAUAUAGGAAAAUCAAGUAGUUCUCUAAAUGACAUGUUAAAAUGGAUGUCUAGCACUCAGGUAUCGCUCUACGUUGGCUUGUUGUCUAAUAUUAUGGCUUGAAAGAAAUGCCUCAGUCAUGAUUUAUCGUU